UCUCCUAGCUAACUUCUCUCUCUCUCUCUCUCUCUUCGAAGCAUUCAUUGAAUUCUUCUCCAAACAACAAUUUGGUUUAUCGCGUUUUCAUCUUCAUGCGCUUAUCAUAUUCAUGCUCGAUUUCACCCGAACCAUUCCGUAAGAGAGUAUUAUUUUCUUCUUCCUUUCUUUUUCUUCUGUUUUUGGAAACUUCUAUCGGCAAAGAUGAUGGCGGAGGAUCUCGGUGUGGAAGCGAAGGAGGCGGCUAUUCGCGAGGUGGCGAAGCUGCUAUCUCUUCCGGAGCAGCUGAUCUCAAUCUCUUCCAUCAAGGCCGAUUACAUUUCGCGCCAACAGGCCAAUGAUGCACAGCUUAGUACCAUGGUUGUAGAGCAGGUUGAAAAGGCCCAGUCUGGACUGAAAUCACUCUCUCGUUCAGAGCAGACCACAACUCAGCUUCGUGAAAACUUUGUUAACAUUGAAAAGUUAUGUCUGGAAUGCCAAACAUUAAUCGAGAACCAUGACCAGAUAAAGCUACUUUCCCAUGCAAGAAAUAACUUAAACACAACCUUGAAGGAUGUUGGAGGUAUGAUGUCCAUCUCUGUUGAGGCUGCUGCAGCUCGGGAUUCUCUGACUGAUGACAAAGAAAUUGUGCACACUUAUGAGAGGUUAACAGCUUUGGAUGGAAAGCGGAGAUUUGCUCUUGCAGCUGCAGGAUCUCACAAGGAAGAGGCUGGGAGACUAAGAGAAUAUUUUGAAGAUGUAGAUAGGACCUGGGAAACCUUUGAGAAGACACUAUGGGGUCACAUAUCCAAUUUCGUUGCACUUUCUAAACAAAGCCCACAGACUUUGGUCCGUGCUUUAAGAGUUGUUGAAAUGCAAGAAAUCCACGAUCAACAGGUUGCAGAGGAAGUAGCUGAGGCUGAAGGGGAGGAUAUGGCUUCGGCUCCAAAUCUUCGUAGGAGUGCUACGAGAGCUGGAAAUGCCACAGCUUCAGAAAAUUCAACACAGCAAAAAUUGAAGGUUCAAGGAAAAGGGUUUAAGGAUAAGUGCUAUGAGCAAUUAAGGAAGACUGCGGAACAGCGCUUUAACAAGCUUCUCACUAAGCUUGUAUUUGAGGACCUGAAAGCAGCUAUAGAGGAAGCGAAAGUGAUUUCAGAUGAACUUGGAGAUAUAUAUGACUAUGUAGCUCCCUGUUUUCCCCCAAGAUACGAAAUUUUCCAACUAAUGGUAAAUCUAUACACCGAGAGAUUUGUUCAGAUGCUAAGGUUGCUUAGUGACAGGGCGAAUGAGUUGACAAAUAUAGAGAUAUUAAAGGUAACUGGUUGGGUGAUGGAAUACCAAGAGCAUCUCAUUGCACUUGGUGUUGAUGAGACUCUAGCCCAAGUGUGCUCUGAGAGUGGUGCCUUGGAUCCUCUUAUGGACUCCUAUGUUGAAAGAAUGCACGCUACAACAAAGAAAUGGUACUUGAAUAUUUUGGAGGCUGAUAAAACACAACCCCCAAAGAGAACCGAAGAUGGAAAGCUAUAUACCCCAGCUGCUGUUGAUUUAUUCAGGAUACUUGCGGAGCAAGUACAAAUUGUUAGGGAUAACAGUACUGAUGUCAUGUUAUACAGAAUUGCCUUGGCAACCAUUCAGGUGAUGAGUGAUUUUCAAGCUGCUGAAAUGAAGAGACUUGAAGAACCUGCUCCUGAUAUUGGUCUGGCACCUCUCUGUGCUAUGAUUAACAACAAUUUGCGGUGUCAUGAUCUUGCAAUGGAGCUAGGUAAUAGUACUAUAGAAGCCCUUCCAGAGAUCUAUGCUGACCAGGUUAAUUUUGAAGAUACUUGUAAGGGUUUUCUUCAAGUUGCCAAGGAAGCUUUGCAUCAAACUGUCACGGUAAUAAUUUUAGAUCCUGGUAACCAGGAGUUAUUGUCCAAGCUAUACCAUCCAGAAUGGAGUGAGGGACUUGUUACAGAGUACUUGCUUGCAACAUAUGAAGAUUAUUUUAAAGAAGUAAAAGAGUACAUUGAAGACAGAUCUUAUAAGAGAUUGGUUGAACACUGCCUGGAGGAAACAGUGGUUAUUUAUGUUGAUCAGCUCUUAUCACAGAAAAACUACAUUAAGGAAGAAACCAUUGAACGAAUGAAACUAGAUGAGGAGGUUAUCAUGGACUACUUUAAGACCGAAAUCAAUGUUUCUAAAAUUGAAAAUAGAUUAAGAAUACUCAAAGAUUUGCGAGAUCUUGCUUCAGCUACAAGUCUGGAUUACUUCACACUCAACUAUUCUAAUAUACUUGAGCAUCAACCCGACUGCCCGCCUGAAGUUGUUGAGAAAAUUGUAGCCUUACGUGAAGGCAUUCCACGGAAAGAUGCCAAGGAGGUGAUACAAGAGUGCAAAGAGAUGUACGAAAAUUCGCUUGUUGAUGGGAAACCUCGAAAGAGAGGUUUUGUUUUCUCAAGAUUGAAGUGCUUACAAGUUAAGUCGGGAGGCAUUUGGCGAAAACUCACUUGAACUAUCAUUGCAUUCACUUGUUCAUGUCGCUAUUUGUUUUGUAUAUGGCCUCUUUAUGGCGUUUCAUUCAUUCUUUCUUUAUUUGGUAGAAAUUCCUGUUAUUUAAAAAUAUUAUAAAUACUGAUUAUUGUAUAUUAUGUUAAAAUACUUAUUCUUAUUA